UUGAACUUCGUGUGUAUGCACAAGUUUGGAGACGAUGACUUCGGGUCUUCGUGUGCAUCUUAUUCAGCAGAUGCACCUUAAUGGUUUCAAAUUGAAUGUUUCGUGUUGCGUCGCGCAUCUUAUUCACACGUGUUCGACAAGAAAGUCGACUCCGACUGAUCGCUCACCCGAAAAUCCGAAAGACAAAAAUGAUGAGGCAUGCAAUACCAAUCUAUCUAAGCUGAAACAAGGUCAUCUAAACCUCGGAAGAGCAAGACGUCGAACUACGUUGUCAGUACUUGGAAGAGUUAGUGGUAUGCUUCCCAGAGGAUAUAACCUCAACUUGGAAAAGUACGACGAUUCUUCGCUGAAGACAUCGACAGCCGAUGCGAUUGACCACAGCAAAGUGGCCCACGCUCACGAUGGACAAACAACUGAAACUGAUGUGACCGAGAAUGAAAUCACUGAUUCCUAUUUUAAUAGAAACGAGCUGAUACCAUCUCAAGUCAAGGAGGUCGUUGCUGAGCUACCACGAGAGGAUGCAGUGAAUGUAAUACAACAGGACAGUCAUGAUGAAGAAACAACUCCAUUUAGACAUGAUGAAGACGUGCCAUUUGUGGACGGAGAGCUGGUCGUUGUUACCAGAGAAUGUCACAAGCGUCAUGAAUUCCUAAACAAAAUGUUUAAUCUUAACUCAUCAAAAACCUUCACUACACAAUUUGGUGCUAUUAAACAUAGCGAACUCAUAGGUUGUUAUCCAGGGAAAUAUUUCCCAAGUACAAGGGGUCAUAAACAUUAUGUUAAACGGGCGUCCUUAGAUGAUUUUACAGUUCUUAUGAAUAGAACUCCAGUUAUCAGUUAUCCACGGGAUUGCAUCACAGCGUGUAUGAUGAUUGAUGCAAGUCCAGGAAGCAAAAUAUUGGAAGCUGGCUCAGGAUCCGGUGGCAUAUCAUUAUUUUUAUCAAGAGCAGUUGGACGAACUGGACACGUGUACAGCUUUGACAUUAAAGAAAAACACCACAAAACAGCAUUAGCAAAUUUCACCAGAUGGCAGAAGUCAUGGAAUUUAACUCAUAAAGAAAACAAGUGGAAAAGCAAUGUUUCUUUUUAUCAUCGACGACUGGAAGAUUCAGAGGAUAUUCUGGGACAUACUCUAUUUGAUGGGGCCAUCAUUGAUAUGGAACAUGCAUACCGCGCAAUGUCUUUUGUUGCAGGGAGACUGAAAAGUGGAAGAUCAGUUGCUAUCUUCGUGGCUAACAUCACCCAAAUUAUUGAAAUCUUGGAGCAUAUACGUAUUAAUAAUAUACCACUGAAAACAGAAACAAUAUCAGAAGUGACACAUAAAAAUUGGUUGGUUUCUCCUGCGACACGGCGUGAUGGUAAAAUCAUAAGAACUUAUAGCAAGACUAUGGUUGAUCCAACGGAGGGUGAAGAGAGAGAAUCAAGAACAGAGAACGGCAAAGUUGUCUACACUGCCAGACCUAGUUUUCAUCAAGAUCCUCCUUCAGCUUUUCUGUUGGAACUCCAAAAAGAAUCAUGAAGAUGAUACACGUAAUAGAUAGCAAAGCAACAUUUCAACAACAUUUAAUUUAGAUACACUACCAUUUUAAUUAACAAACCCAAUGUAUUUUAUAAUCACAAUGAUGUUAUUAAUUAAAAAUUGUCAUACUUACAUACAUAA